UGAAGAGUACUACAGAAAGAAAAUGACCCACUGGUUUCAUCGCAACCCUUUGAAGGCUACAGCUCCCGUUUCAUUCAAUUUUUAUGGGGUAGCUACCACUCCAGCUGCAACAAAGGUUUGCAAUGAUUUGAGAUUAUCUCGAACACGACUGUUGGAGCUGUUUACAGACUCGAGUUGUAAUCCAGAAAUGAUGAAAAAUGCAACUGACUUGUACUUCUCACUCUUGCAAGGUUUCAUCCUUUCACUGGAUGACUCUUCCCAAGAAUGCAAGUUGAGAUAUAUACAGAAUUUCAAGUGGACAGACACAUUACAAGGACAAGUUCCAAGUGCCCAGCAGGAUGCAGUGUUUGAACUGAUUUCCAUGGGAUUUAAUGUAGCUCUGUGGUACACAAAAUAUGCAUCAAGACUCGCUGGAAAAGAAGAUAUAACAGAAGAUGAAGCAAAAGAUGUUCACAGGAGCCUGAAGAUAGCAGCUGGGAUUUUUAAACACUUAAAGGAAAGUCACAUUCCUAAAUUGAUUACGCCUGUGGAAAAGGGAAGAGAUUUAGAAGCUCGACUUAUAGACUCUUACAUCAUACAGUGCCAAGCUGAAGCUCAAGAAGUGACAAUUGCUCGGGCUAUUGAGCUGAAACACAAUCCAGGACUAAUAGCUGCUCUUGCUUAUGAAACAGCUAACUUCUACCAAAAAGCUGAUAAAACUCUAUCCAGUUUGGAUCCAACCUAUGCAGGUAAAUGGAGGAAGUACUUAAACUUGAAGACCUGUUUCUAUAUGGCCUAUGCAUACUGUUACCAUGGUCAGACUUUACUGGCAAGUGAUAAAUGUGGGGAAGCAAUCAGAUCUCUGCAGGAAUCAGAAAAAUUUUUUGCCAAGGCUGAAGCACUGUGCAAAGAAUAUGGAGAAACCAAAGGGCCUGGGACUACUGCCAAGCCUUCUGGACAUCUCUUCUUCAGAAAAUUAGGAAGUUUGAUUAAGAACACCCUAGAAAAAUGCCAGCGAGAGAAUGGAUUCAUCUAUUUUCAGAAGGUGCCAACAGAGGCUCCCCAGCUGGAAUUGAAAGCAAACUAUGGCUUAGUAGAGCCUGUUCCUUUUGAAUUUCCUGCCUUGAAUGCACAUUGGACUCCUGAAACACUUGCUGCUUUUGAUCUCACCAAGAGGCCAAAGGAUGACACUGCUAAACCAAAACCAGAUGAAGAAGUAAAACCUCUGAAGGAACCAGAUAUAAAGCCUCAAAAAGACAGUGGAUGCCAGAUUUCUUAAGUGCCAUAAGUGCUUCAAAUUAACUUUAAAGCUGUGUUAGUUGGACCUUGGUGCUUUAGUUCUGUUCUCCCUUUUUCUGAUUCCUCUUUUUUAUUUUAGAAGACUAAUUUAAUUUCAUUUUGUUAGUAUGCAUCUAUCUUGCUUGAGAAUGUGCUGGAUUUCUAGGAGUUUAUUUAUAUGUGACUCAUUUUUGGGUUUAGUGGGAUAUCAUAGAAUGAGCGGGCUUAAAUGUUCCUAUUGUGCCUCUAGAGAGUUUCUUUUUGUGGGUUUAGUUUCUACCCACAAAUAGCAAAGAAAGUAUCAUGAUUGUAACUCUUAAGGAUUUUUUCAUUAAAUAGUAUGCUAUAUAAUGUCAAAUUCUGCAAACUAAAGAUUGCUUGAACUGUUACAUUUAUUCAGGCUUUAACACUCUGUUGUGUUCCAAUGCACUUCACUGUAGCAAGCAAAGAAAAUCUGGGUUUUGUUUGUUACACUCCAAUGGUAUUUCACAGUACUUUCACAGAACUUGAAAAACCCUAUGUUCUGCAUAACUGGAACACAAUUUAUAUUAUUCUG